GACAUUAUUGCUAGACUUUCUGAACAGGUAGAAACUGAGAGAGGAGAGCCUGAGGGUCAGCCCGAAGCCAGCAACAGGCAACUUACAUCUCUAAAAAAAACAACUCAAGAACUUACUUCUGAGACAAAAUCUUGCGAUAAAAACAGUUUAACAAACGUGGAUGUUUGCCUAGAUUUUGUCAGCGAAGACCAUGCGAUUCCUUAUCCGGAUGAGGAGUUUGAAAAUUAUAAUAAUACUUCGUGGGAAGAUCUUCAGUCUGAGGUUGCUCGACUUCGGGGAGAGCUAGCUCAGUGGAAGCAGCGGGCAAAAGCAAAACAUAAGAAACAGAGUGGAUCUGAACUUGAAUCUAAAAAUGUCGAGCUCAACAAAGAAAUUCAAACAGAUUGA